UGUAAUCAGACGAAGAGUUAAGUGCCAGCAACAUGUCCGGAAUCCCGCCAGCCACUUUCACGGUAAUCGCCGGAGCAGCCAACCACAAUCAGCGACGUCAACGGCAGACGAAAAAUUCCGCAAACUCAAUUAACAAGACCGAAAACCAACAGCAAAAAGCACAAGAAGAGCAACAACAACAGCAGCCGUCGGGGUCGAAGACAAAUAGUUGCCACAUUGCUUAGAUAUAGAUAUAGUAACUAUCUUAUCUGUAACCAAGGAUUUAACGCAUGAAAAUAUAUUUCCAAUGACAUAAACAUCGAGUAUAAAUGGGCCGAACAAAGCAUUUUAGGUUUCAGUUAUGGUUAACGAACGAGACAAAAUGAAGACGACCAUCGUGGAGGAGCGAAGUGUUAACGAAACGAUAGAAACGAUAGCCACCAGUAGUGGCACGAUCCAGGAGACCAUCGAGGUGGUCAACAUCAACGAGGGAUCCCCGGCACCAAAGCAACGGCAUCAUCACCAUCACCAUCGGCACCAUCAUCAUCACCAGCGGCAGGAGAAUGUUGAAGUUGUGGAAACGGAGGAGGUGAUUGUUUUGGACACAGAACCAAAGCCUCGGAGCAAGCAUCAUCAUCAUCAUCAUCACAAGCAAAAGGCAUCGCCGCCGCCCCCUCUGCCAGAGACCUCUCCGCCAUUCCUCACGCCCACCGACGAGGAGGACGAAGUGGAUUUUAAUGUGGUCUGGAAACCCCAAGCCUUUUGGACCCAGCCCUCGCCCAAUCCCUCCACGGACUUGGAUCUCUCGGUGGAGAAGGAAGCCGAGGAGAUUUUGGACACCACUUCAGCUUCCGACGAAUUCACAACUGUUGUCUGGCAAACGGAGACCAAGGAGACCACAAGGGAAUCCCUGAAGCAUACAAGAGUGGUGCAGGAGGAAAUCAUCGUUGACCAAGUGGAUCCUCCGGCUUAUGCACCGCCACAGCUUAAAGUGCAGACGGGUUUCUUUCCGUCGGGAGCUCAGCAGCCUUCUUCGCUUUCCCCCAUCGCUGAAGUGGUGCAAACGGAUGUAAUUGUGGGAUCAGAGGAUCCUGCUCCAUUCUCUUACAUUCCACGGGUGAAUCUAGUUCCCACAGAGACCGUUGUGGAGACAGUGACAGUGGUUGCUGCUCCGGCUCCAACUCCAGCUCCAGUUGCAGCUAUAGUUCCAGCUCAGAUUGAACAGGAACCCGAAUUCAUUCCGCAGCCGGGAUUUGUGGCCAGAAUUAUAGAAAAUAUUGAAGUGGCUGCAGCAUCCCAGGCCCUACAGGCUCCAGCUCCAGCUCCAAAGGUUUUUUAUCCUCGGUCAGGAGGUUUAGUGGAGCCUAUGGAUGUAGUAGUUGAAUCUGUUACGGAAACUAUAGACGCAGACUCACCAUUUCUACUCCCUACUAAUGGUUUCGAUUCCGAAGAGGAAACCAUUGUGGAAACUGUUGAUGUUACGACAGAAGCUGAUUCUCCAUUCCUGCUGCCUGCCAAUGGUUUCGAUUCAGAAUCCAUUGUUGAGAAUAUAGAAAUCACACAACCGGAACCUGUUGUACAAAUCCCAGUUCAAAGUGCAGUUCCCAAGGCAGAUUUUGUGGAAUCGAUUGUGGAAAAUAUUGAAGUUCAAGAAGUGGAUCCUCCCUUCCUGCUACCCGUCCAAACUGGAUUUAAUCCUCAGCCCGGCAAUGUGGAAUCUAUAAUAGAGAAUAUAGAAAUCACUACAGAAGUUGAACCACCACUAAGGCCUUUAGGGCAAAGUGAAUACUUGCCUCGAUCUGGUUUCGUGGAAUCAAUUGUGGAGACCAUUGAAGUUGCACCUGUAGUGGAACCUCCACAGCCAGUUGUUCCGGUUCAAUCUGGCUUGGUAGAAUCUAUUGUAGAAACUAUAGAGGUCACAGAAGAAGUGAGUCCUCCAGUUACACCUUCUAUUGAAAUUGAUAUCCCUACUAGGGCUGGCUUGGUAGAAACUAUUGUGGAAAAUAUACAAACCACAGAAGAGGAUGAUCCACCCGUAAGACCACCUCUUCCUAUUGGCUUUCCACCUCGAUCUGGCUACGUGGAAUCCAUUGUAGAAGACAUAGAAGUAGCUGAAGUAAGUCCUAAUAUUCCUCCUCCAGUUAAAAUUGAUAUAAUUCCCCAGGCGGGCUUUGUUGAAAGUAUUGUUGAAAAUAUCGAAAUUGAAAAAGAGCCAGAAAUUGUGGAAGAGGUUGAAGUCAUCCAAGAUCCUCCACUACGAUCGGUGGUAACCACUAAUAUUAUGCCCCGCUCUAGUAUGGUGCAGGAACUGGUUGUGGAAUCGCUAGAGGUUACACCAACGUCAUCGCCUCCGCCCGAACAGUUUCCUUUCAUCUCCCGAGAGAGUCUUAUCGAAGCCGAUAACUAUGUGGAAGUUGAGGAAGUCAAUUCGUACUACACAGCUCAGCAAAGUCCCGAGGUGGAAGUUAAGAGCUUGAGCGAAGCCGAGGCAUAUGUGGAGAUUGUUGAAGUUACACCAAUCAAUACACCACCACGUAGUCCUUCACUGGAAGAACCUGUCGCGGUGGGUUUUGUACCGCGACCAAGCCUGGCGGAAACGGCAGUGAUAGUGGAAUCCCUGGAUGUUACCCCAACGCCCAGUCCUCCGCCCACUCCUCCACUGAAACUGAGGUUACCGCCACCAAACCAGCCUCAACAGGAGAUAAUUGUGGAGUCUGUGGAUGUUACUCCAACCCCAAGCCCACCACCUGCCAAUCCGCAACCAAAGGCAAAGCCACUUAAUAGCUUUAUCCUAACCGAUUUGGUUAUAGACGAUCCUCCCGUCGUAGAAGUGGUGGAAAGAGAAAUUCUGGUGGAGUCCUCUCCGAACGGCAAUGUUACGGAAGUCAUAGAAAUCACGGAGGAGAUUGUGGAGCCUCCCACUCCCAUUGGCACAGUUUUGGUGGGUGAGAUUUCCGAGCAGAGUAACGACAAGUUCGGCAAACGAUAUUCCCUGAGUGCGGCCUUGACCCAGGAGAAUAAUCCUCAAAAGCAGCAGGAGCAGCCAACGGAGACGCCCAUGCAGAAGAGGGACAUAGCAGCAGAGCCACCUAAACGUAAAUGUUGCCCUUGCAAAUGCACCAUUUCCUAGAUCCCGAGGUCAGGGGCUUCCCCCAAGGCAAGCCUGGAGGUGUAAGCUCCCCCGCUUUCGCCUAUCGCAUAUCUAAUCAGCGGAAGAAACAGAAGCCCCCAAAAAUAAAAAAAGAAUAGAAA